CGAAUACGGUGGGGGUCUUUUUAUCGUCCAUGUUGCUGGUAGUCGAUGCCAUCUGAUCGUUGCGCCGUAGUCAGCACGCUGUGCCAAGAUUCUUUGACUGUGUUCCAGUCCUCGGGCAAGAGAAAGAGCUAUGAAGGAUUUCAUUCUCCUCCUCAUUAAAAAGAUCGUCGCUAAAUGAGGUGUUGGUGUGCCUGCGGCGGCCGGCGAUACGAAGAACCUUGCCUACAGUAUCUCCAGCUUUCUCCUCAAGCAGGAAGUUCAAGAAGCUUUUGACCCCCCACACAGAUGCUUGUCAUAUCUUCUUUGCCGGGCGGGCACUGGGCAGGCGAGGUCGGGUGUUUUCAUUCACUUCCGAGCAAGUGAGAGCGAUACAUAUCCGAUGAAGUGGCCAGUCCAUUGAUGCACAGAGAGCUGCAUACGAAGAGCACGUUGGCUGACAGAGGAAAGAGAGAAAGCACGAACCCGGACGCGGGAGUCUUCCCUACCAUCUUCAACGCGGGACUCUUAAGUCUUCAACGCAAGGCUUUUAGCCUCAGGCAAGCAACAAGCAAAAUGUCAACCUCACCAGGCCUCCAAGUCUACACCGCACCACCCGACCCCUUCUACGAAUGCACCCCUCCCAUGGUCCUAGGUGAAGCGCCAAUCUAUCGAGCCUCCGACUCAACCCUACACUGGGUAGACUGUCUGGCCUCACCAGCAGAAUUCCACAUCCUAAAAAUCUCCCCGGAAAGCGAAAAACCGCUGGGCCCAAUAAAACGUCUAAUCCUCUCGGACAGCGUGACAGUCCACUUCUUCCGGAAAAACCACCCGGGUUCUUACAUCUGUGCAUAUUACCAAGGCAUCGCAUUCUUGGACGAAGAGACCGGACGUUUAGAUGUGAUCAAGGAAAUCAUCCCGAAAGAGGAUCGAAACAUUCGAAGGUUUAACGAUGGGGGUGUGGAUGCGAAGGGCAGGUUUUGGGCGACGGAGAUUGAUUUGAAGGCUGCGAGUUAUGGGGCGAAUAAGUUGCCGAAGGAUUAUGGGGAGCUGUUGGGGAGGCUGUGGAGGUAUGAUCCGGAUGGGAGCUUGCACUUGAUGGAGAAGGGGGUGAUUUGUGGGAAUGGACUUGGGUGGAGUCCUGAUAAUAGGACGAUGUACUUUCAUGAUUCUGUCGCGAUGGUUGUUUUUGCUUAUGACUUUGAUCUUGAAUCUGGGAGUAUCUCCAACAAGAGGUUGUUGAUCGACCGACGGAACUCCUAUGGGGAGCCAGAUGGCAUGGUGGUUGACACGAAUGGCAAUUUAUGGAUCGCGAUGUAUUCCUCGUGGCGAGUGAUGGCAUUUGAUCCAACCGGCAAGCAUCUUGCUGAAAUUAUCCUCCCUUCUUAUAAUCCGGCGUGUACAACUUGGGGUGGUCCCAACUUCGAUACCUUAUAUAUCGUCUGUGGCAAGGAUCGAAGUGCUGAUCCCAAGGACAACGACAAAGGAGGCCACAUCUACGCAUUCAAACCUCCUAAUGCCAAGGGCUCUCCGAAGCACGAAUUUGCAGGAUAAUCGCAUCGCCGUGUCUUCCGGGUAGGCCAGUUUCGGCAAAUCGUUCGAGGUGGAUAGACUUUUGGGGCUGUGUUGGGGUGCCUCGUGGAUCUUCCGGGGGAGUGCAGCGGUUGCUCUUGGCCGACGGCCAAGCUCGCAUACAGACUUCAGCACUGGGUUCGUAGUUCGUAGUCCUGGUCUGCUAGAGAAAUGUCUUCA